AAAACGUUGAGAUGACGGAUCUUGGACUGCGGUAGAAGACGCCGGCCGGCAGUCAGGGGGCGAGGGUUCCUAUAACGCCAUUCGAGCCGUGAUUACCUACCAUGCGACUGAGGCGGAGAAACGACGCGGCAUCUCUUUUUUUUUUCCCUCCUUCUGUUGCCAGAUGCCAAAUCGAACAUCUUUCUCGCCAUACAGAAGGACACGAGUACUACUCCGUUGUCUUCCCCUGCCGCAGACAAAAGGAGAUUGUUGGGCUUGAAAGAAGGUCAUGGGAGGAUAUCAGGAUCGAGUGGAUGGAGGAAAUUGAACGAAUGGGUGGUGGAGAGACGAGCGAAAACUUUCACCCAACCUUGCAUUUUCAUUUCUUUUCUCAUUAUGUCUUUCUGGAAUAAGGCGUUCUAUUGAAUAUCAUUUGCCUCUUUCG